AAGCCCUUUGUCUCUGUGGCCGUGAGCUACUGUGCGUUACUGCUGAUGGUUUUGAGCACAUGGGCACUCAGAGAAAACACACGGAACAUACUGACCAGACAAACGAAAAUCAGACAACUAGAGAAGCAGACAGGCAGAUAGAGAGAUAGACAGGUCUCAGCGUCAUAGCCCGGGGCUGGGGCUCUGUACGGGGUUGACAGUGAACACACUGCCGCUUGCAGGAUUCACUCGCUGCAGGACGAGGCGGGCGGAGGCAUGGAAAUCGUUGCAUGCCACUGUCUCUUUUCACGUUACCGCCACGGCAUUGACCAUACUGCUUUUGCUUGAAAUGAAGCUCAGUUGGAUUGUUGUGUAACCGCACAGAGAAAAGGAGGCCUUUCGCUAUACUGGACUGAUGGCUCCAGAGUAACAUGCCAUGGCUUUAAUGAUCCCCCCUGUGAAACUGAAAUGGCUGGAGCACCUGAACAGCUCAUGGAUUACCGAGGACAGCGAGUCCAUAGCCACACGGGAGGGAGUUUCUGUGCUCUACUCAAAGCUGCUGGCCAACAAAGAGGUUGUACUGCUGCCCCAGCAGGUGCUGUGUCUGAAGGGCCCCCAGCUCCCAGACUUUGAGCGCGAGUCCCUCUCUAGUGAUGAGCAGGAGCACUACCUGGAUGCUCUGCUCAGCAGCCAAUUGGCGUUGGCCAAGAUGGUGUGCUCCGAUUCCCCGUUUGCUGCCGCUCUGCGGAAACGUGUGCUGGUGCUUCAACGCGUCUUCUACGCGCUUUCCAACAAGUAUCAUGACAAAGGCAAGGUUAAGCAGCACCAGCACUCACUGGAGAACAACUCGGGUUCGGCUGAUCUGCACUCUGUCAGUGAGCGGCCACGGUCCAGCACUGACGCCCUCAUUGAGAUGGGUGUUCGCACUGGCCUGAGCCUUCUCUUUGCUCUGCUGCGCCAGAGCUGGAUGAUGCCUACUGCACCGAACCCAGGUGGAAAUCCUGGGAGCAACAUAAACUUGUGUAAUGAUGUCAUUCACACAGCCAUUGAUGUUGUUAGCUCCCUGCCAGCACUCUCUCUUGCCAAUGAGAGCAAGAUCCCACCAAUGGGACUGGACUGCCUGUCCCAGGUUACCACCUUUCUGAAGGGAGUGACAAUGCCAAAUUCUGGGGCAGAUAUUUUAGGGCGGCGGCUGGCCUCAGAACUACUACUGGGGCUGGCUUCACAGAGGGGUUCUCUGCGCUACUUGCUGGAGUGGAUUGAGAUGGCUUUGGCUGCGUCAGCUGUGGUCAGUACGAUGGAGCAGAAUAAGUUGCUACAGAACCAAGAAGGCCUCAUUAGCUAUGAUUGUUUCAUGAACAUCCUCAUGCAGAUGAGGCGCUCUUUGGGUUCCUCAGCAGAUCGUAGCCAGUGGCGAGAACCCACACGGACCUCUGAUGGCUUGUGUUCAUUAUAUGAGGCGGCACUCUGUCUUUUUGAAGAAGUAUGUCGAAUGGCAUCGGACUACUCUCGCACUUGUGUUAGCCCGGACAGCAUACAGACUGGCGAGACACCUGUGGUGUCGGAAACCUGUGAAGUGUAUGUGUGGGGCAGCAACAGCAGCCACCAGCUAGUGGAGGGAACACAAGAGAAGAUACUGCAGCCCAAGCUGGCUUCGAGUUUCGCAGAUGCACAAACAAUUGAGGCAGGCCAGUACUGCACCUUUGUGAUCUCCUCGGAUGGGUCUGUGCGGGCCUGCGGGAAGGGCAGUUAUGGCCGCCUAGGCCUCGGAGACUCCAACAACCAGUCGACCCUCAAAAAGUUGACCUUUGAACCCCACCGUGCCAUCAAAAAGGUGUCAUCAUCCAAGGGAUCAGACGGCCACACGCUGGCCUUCACCACAGAGGGUGAGGUGUUCAGCUGGGGAGACGGUGAUUAUGGCAAACUGGGCCAUGGGAACAGCUCAACACAGAAGUAUCCAAAACUUAUCCAGGGGCCGCUGCAGGGGAAGGUGGUGGUGUGUGUGUCUGCUGGCUACAGACACAGUGCUGCAGUCAGUGAAGAUGGAGAGCUGUACACAUGGGGAGAAGGAGACUUUGGAAGAUUAGGUCACGGUGACAGCAACAGCCGCAACAUUCCUACCCUGGUCAAAGACAUCAGCAAUGUUGGAGAGGUGUCAUGCGGAAGCUCCCACACUAUUGCUCUGUCAAAGGAUGGACGCACUGUCUGGUCAUUUGGGGGAGGGGACAAUGGGAAACUGGGUCAUGGCGAUACUAAUAGAGUCUACAAACCAAAAGUAGUGGAGGCCCUGCAGGGCAUGUUCAUCAGAAAAGUGUGUGCAGGAAGCCAGUCAUCUCUUGCAUUAACUUCUACAGGACAGGUGUACGCUUGGGGCUGCGGUGCUUGUCUAGGCUGUGGUUCCUCUGAGGCCACCGCACUCAGACCUAAACUUAUUGAGGAGCUGGCUACCACCAGAGUAGUGGACAUCUCCAUAGGGGACAGCCACUGCCUGGCCCUGUCACAUGACAAUGAAGUAUAUGCAUGGGGCAACAACUCUAUGGGUCAGUGUGGGCAGGGGAACUCCACAGGGCCAAUCACCAAACCCAAGAAGGUCAUCGGCCUGGAUGGAGUCGCCAUUCAGCAGAUCUCAGCUGGCACCUCUCACAGCCUGGCCUGGACUGCCCUGCCCAGAGACAGGCAAGUAGUAGCUUGGCACCGGCCCUACUGCGUUGACCUAGAAGAAAGCACAUUCUCUCAUUUGCGCUCCUUCCUUGAACGAUACUGUGAAGGCAUCAACAGCGAGGUCCCUCCUCUUCCUUUCCCCUCAUCCAGAUUUCCGACAAUCAGGACUCUCUGGACAUGGACCCCCAGGAGCACUCUUUCACACGCACCAUUGACGAGGAGGCAGAACUUGAAGAGAGGGUUGACCGUGAGAGAGAAGAAGGCCAUCAAGAGCAAGACGAUGAAGAGGAUGACAGGGAGCAUGAAGUAAUGACAGCUGGAACGCGGGAGGUGGCUCGCAGUCGGGAGAGAGAGCGGGCCAGCAGCAGCACAGGACUGGGCUCCAGCUCCAGGAAUGGAGGAGGAGGAGGAGGUGGAGAGGAAGACACCAUUCUGGCUCAAGAGGGCAGAAGGGGCAGUACGGGUCUUCCAGAAGGCCAAGACCUUUACACGGCAGCCUGUAACUCUGUGAUCCACCGCUGUGCUCUGCUGAUACUGGGAGUCAGCCCUGUACUGGGCGAGCUGACCAAGCAGAACCAGGAAGAAGCUCAGACUCAGUUAGCUACAGGGACACAGGAGUGCCUCAGCUUCAUGACCAGAAGUGAGAGUCUGAGCGCAGAGAGCCGUUUAGUGCAGAGCAGCCCAAGUUACAGACUGAUGAAGUCCAGGAGUGAGUCUGACCUCUCCCAGCCAGAGUCAGAUGAAGAAGGUUACACUUUGAAUGGAAGAAGAAAUGUUGACCUAGACUUGGCAUUCUCCCACAAAAAGAGAGUUUAUUUGCUUCUUUUGGGGCAGUUGAGCCCCAAACACAAGAGGAACUUCAAGCAAGUAAACGAUGGCCUCCUUCACAGCUCACCAGACUCCCUGGCUGAGUCCUGGUUUCGGGCCAAGCUGAGCCGUCAGCAGAGUUACAGUUCAACGUACGAAGAGUCAGACCUGGACUUGAGCCGAUCGCUGGGCAUCCACGCUCUCAUCGACAACAUGGUCAGCUUCAUCAGUGGUGACGUGGGCUUGGCUCCAGCUUUUAAGGAGCCAGAAGAAAGUAUGUCCACCAGCCCACAAGCCAUUAUCCUGGCUAUGGAACAGCAGCAGAGCAGAGCAGAGCUGCGUUUGGAAGCACUCCACCAGAUCGUGGUGUUGAUCUCAGGCAUGGAGGAGAAGGGCAGCCAACUGAACAAUGCAGAUCGAUCCAGCGCAGUCUUCCAGUCCUCUUCACUGCUCACCUCUGUCAGGUUGCAGUUCCUGGCUGGCUGUUUUGGCCUUGGCACUGUGGGAACUGGAGUGCUGAAGAGAGAGAACGUGCAGCUGCAUCAUUACCAGGAUGGUGUAAAAGCAGCAAAGAGGAGCCUCCAAAUGGAAAUCCAGACGGCUGUCCAUAAGAUUUACCAGCAACUGUCUGUCACACUGGAAAGAGCACUUCAGGCAAACAAGCACCACAUAGAAGCUCAGCAGCGCCUCCUGCUGGUGACUGUGUUUGCAUUGAGCGUUCGCUACCAGCCAGUGGAUGUGUCUCUGGCCAUCUCCAGUGGGCUGCUCAAUGUGCUGUCCCAGCUCUGCGGGACAGAGACCAUGCUGGGGCAGCCCCUCCAGCUCCUGCAAAAACCUGGCGUGUCUCAGCUCAGCACUGCCCUGAAGGUGGCCUCCACACGGCUGCUGCAAAUACUCGCCAUCAGCACGGGAACAUAUGCAGACAAAUUGAGUCCCAAGGUUGUCCAGUCACUGCUGGACCUGCUUUGCAGUCAGCUGAAAAACCUGUUAUCUCAGGCAGGAGUUAGUCUCCUUCAUGCUGGAAAAGAGCAGGAAGAUGGCAAACAUGAGGACAGCGCCGACUCUGAAAGGAAAGACUUCAGAGCGUUGCUGCGCAAACAGCAUACAGCUGAACUGCACCUCGGUGACUUCUUGGUCUUCCUAAGGAGGGUGGUGUCCUCCAAGGCCAUCCAGUCCAAGAUGGCAUCCCCCAAAUGGACUGAGGUGCUGCUGAACAUUGCAGCGCAGAAGUGCUGCUCAGGUGUUCCUCUGGUGGGAAACUUGAGAACUCGGCUUCUAGCUCUUCAUGUUUUGGAGGCUGUCCUGCCUGCCUGCGAGGCUAGCAUGGAAGAUGACCAAAUGACACAGGUCAUUGAACGGCUCUUCUCCCUGCUGUCUGACUGCAUGUGGGAAGGUCCCAUUGCUCAAACCAAACACUCGAUCCAGAUUAAAGAAAAAGUUCAGGAGCUUAAACUACAGGGAGAUACAGAGGAGGAAGAUGAGAACCUUCCCAUUCAGGAAAUUUCCUUUGACCCAGAAAAGGCUCAGUGUUGUGUAGUGGAAAACAGUCAGGGGCUGACACACGGCAGCGGGGGUAAAGGCUACGGCCUGGCCUCGACUGGCAUCUCCUCUGGAUGCUACCAGUGGAAGUUCUACAUUGUGAAGGAAAAUCGAGGCAACGAGGGGACAUGCGUGGGUGUGUCACGAUGGCCCGUGCACGACUUCAACCAUCGCACCACAUCGGAUAUGUGGCUGUACCGAGCGUAUAGCGGAAACCUCUAUCAUAACGGGGAGCAAACGCUGACGCUUAGCAGCUUUACUCAGGGAGAUUUCAUCACCUGCGUUCUGGAUAUGGAAGCAAGAACGGUCUCCUUUGGCAAGAACGGAGAGGAGCCCAAGUUGGCCUUUGAGGACGUGGAUGCCACGGAGCUCUAUCCCUGUGUGAUGUUCUACAGCAGUAAUCCAGGAGAGAAGGUUAAGAUAUGUGACAUGCAAAUGAGGGGAACACCGCGAGACCUCUUACCUGGGGAUCCUGUCUGCAGCCCUGUGGCCACAGUGCUGGCUGAAGCCACCAUACAGCUGAUCCGCAUCCUACAUCGCACUGACCACUGGACCCAUCGCAUAAACAAGACUAUGAUUGAACGACUUCACAAAAUCAAACUGUGCUUUAGAGAGUCAGCUGGCGCUUCUGGCGGCGGCCUAGGACAGAGGCUGAAAAAGAGCCGCUCGGUGCAGAGCCGCGAGGAGCACGACACUCAGAGAGAAAGCCAGGAGACGCCCACACGGACAGAUGAGGAGAGAGGUCGCCACGGACGGCAGCACGGCUUGGGGGAACUGUCGGAGCACCACUUGAGAACCCUCUGCACAGAGGUGUGGCCUGUCCUGGCAGUGAUCGGGGGGGCGGACGCAGGACUUCGGGUCGGAGGCAGAUGUGUGCACAAACAGACCGGGAGGCAUGCUACUCUGCUGGGUGUGACGAAGGAAGGCAGUACCUCAGCUAAGGUGCAGUGGGAUGAAGCCGAGGUCACUAUCAGCUUCCCAACUUUCUGGUCGCCUAGUGACACUCCAUUGUACAACCUGGACCCGUGCGAGCCUUUGCCCUUUGAUGUGGCCCGUUUCCGUGGCCUCACUGCCUCCUUGUUGUUGGACCUCACCUACCUUACCAGCAUUCACGAGGAUACUACAACAAAGCUCAGCGCCCGACGCCACGAGAAGAAGCACCGCAACACACCCUCUACUGGGCACGAGCCGACCGGCGGCGAGGAGAAAACCGACGGCGAAGGGCACAACCGUAACGACUCAAAAGAUAACGUUGGAGCCCCUUCGGCUGCCACAACCUCUGACCUACGAGUGUCCCACAGCCUCGAUGAGGUGAAAGCACACGUGGCGCCCAACUCAAAGUCAGAGGGUGAGAUCUCCUCUGUGGCUGGAGGCGGGGUAGGUGGGAAUGAAACACUUUUCACUGCUCCUGCUCCUGCUGAUGGGAACAGGAAGAAAGGCCAUGAUCAUGGCUGCCGCAGUCACGAGCCCUCUCCUUCCUCCAUCACCACUCAGUCAGAGAUCCAUGCUGUGCAGCUGUCCUACCUCUACCUGGGAGCUAUGAAGACCCUCAGUGCGCUGCUGAGCUGCAGCAAGUAUGCUGAGCUGCUCCUCAUACCAAAGGUGUUACCAGAAGCAACCCCCAGUGGGCACAACGCUGAUCUGAACACCUGCACCAGUGGAAACCCAGCUGCCACCUCACCAGUAUACCAGGACGAGGUGGAGAUGCGGGCAGCUCUGCAGUUCCUCAUGCGUCACAUGGUGAAGCGGGCAGUAAUGCGCUCCCCCAUCAAGCGAGCCCUGGGACUGGCAGACCUGGAGAGGGCGCAGGCUAUGAUCUACAAGCUGGUUGUAAAUGGGUUGUUGGAGGAGCCUAGUGGUGGGAAAGCAAAGGCUGGUGUGAGAAGUGAACCUGAAGGUGAGGGGGAAGUUACAGAGGGGGAACAGUUGGCACAAACCCCCGUCACCACCAGUCCGUCAGCUUCCAGCACCACCUCCUUUAUGAGCUCCUCACUGGAGGACACUACCACGGCUACCACACCUGUCACUGAUACAGAGACCGUCCCUGCCUCGGAGUCUCCAGGAGUCAUGCCUCUCAGCCUCCUGAGGCAAAUGUUCUCCAGUUACCCCACCACCACUCUUGUUCCGACACGUCGAGCCCAGACUCCUCCAGUGUCAUCCCUACCGACCUCUCCGUCAGACGAGGUUGGCCGCAGACAGAGCCUCACCUCUCCGGACUCCCAGCCCUCCAGACCACAGAACAGAACAGGUACCUCCCUGUCGGACCCCAGCAGCAGACUGUCCACGUCUCCCCCUCCACCUGCGAUUGCUGUGCCUCUGUUGGAGAUGGGCUUCUCCCUGCGCCAGAUCACUAAAGCUCUGGAAGCCACUGGUGCUCGAGGAGAGGUAGAUGCUCAGAACAUCACCGUGCUAGCCAUGUGGAUGAUCGAACAUCCAGGAACGGAGGACGAGCACGAUGAGCCCCACGCCAGAGGCGGCGGUGUCAGCGGUGAAGCCCCCGACUCGUCCUGUCCUGGUGCCACAGCAAUCACUGGAGCCAAGUCUCUGGAUAAAAACUCAUAUCUGUGCUCUCCCGGGGUCAUAGCCAGCGCAGACACUUCCGAAGUGGAGGAAGGUUUCAGCGAAAGUCCUGAAGGUCUGGAGCAGGACAAUGCAUCUGCAUCCAGCAGUGCCCCACUCAGAGGCCGCUCUGCUGCUGGCAGGAAACACCGCUUUGACCUGGCUGCACGCACACUGCUGGCUCGUGCUGCUGGACUGUACCGCUCAGUGCAGGCCCACCACAGCCAGUCACGUCGGGAGGUCUCGUCCUUACAGCAGCAACAAGACCCAGGUGCACUCUAUGACUUCAACCUGGAUGAAGAGCUGGAGAUGGACCUUGAUGAGGAGACCAUGGAGGCCAUGUUUGGCCAAGACCUCGCUAGUGACACUGACAUUCUGGGAAUGUGGAUCCCGGAGGUACUGGAUUGGCCAACAUGGCACGUGUGUGAGACAGACGAUCGAGAUGAAGUGGUAGUGUGCGAGCUGUGUGAGGCCAACGUGGCCAAUUUCAAUCAGCACAUGAAGAAGAGCCACCCGGGCUGUGGGCGCAGCGCCAACCGGCAAGGCUACCGCAGCAACGGCUCCUACGUGGAUGGCUGGUUCGGUGGGGAGUGUGGGAGUGGAAACCCCUACUAUCUGCUGUGUGGCGGCUGCAGAGAGAAGUACUUGGCAAUCAAAAGCAAAGCCAAAGUCCCCAUUGUGGAAAGAUACAAGGGACAGGCUCCCGACCUUCUGGGAAAGCAAGACAGUGUUUAUGAAGAGGAUUGGGACAUGCUGGACGUCGAUGAAGAUGAGAAGUUGACAGGGGAGGAGGAGUUUGAGCUUUUGGCUGGCCCUUUGGGUCUGAGCGAGCGCAGGAUUGUCCCCGAGGCUGUCCAGUUUCUAGAUAGUGACCCGUUGGGAGCCUCUAUUGCCAUGGUGACGGCAACCAACAGCAUGGAGGAGACUUUACUGCAGAUAGGCUGUCAGACCUCAGUGGACAAGAGUUCUUCUGGUAGGGUGACCCUCGGUGAGCAGGCAGCAGCCCUACAGAACCCCCAUGACCGAGUGAUGGCACUGAGGAGGGUGACCGCUGCAGCUCAGGUGCUGCUGGCCAGGACAAUGGUGAUGAGAGCCUUGUCCCUGCUAUCCGUCAGCGGAUCAAGCUGCAGCCUCGCAGCAGGUCUAGAGUCCCUUGGUUUGACUGACAUUAGGACUCUAGUCAGGCUGAUGUGCCUGGCGGCAGCGGGCCGAGCUGGUCUUUCCACCAGUUCGUCCACAGGCCCAGGCCAUGCUGAAAGGCCCCGUGGGGCCACCAAGACGAGCAAACCCAUCUCCUGCCUGGCUUACCUCAGCACAGCAGUGGGCUGUCUUGCCUCCAACAGUCCCAAUGCUGCCAAGCUGCUAGUUCAGUUGUGCACUCAGAACCUGAUCUCUGCGGCUACAGGCAUGAAUCUGACAACGGUGGACGACCCCAUCCAGAGAAAGUUCUUGCCCAGCUUUCUGCGUGGUGUGGCCGAGGAGAACAAGCUGGUCACGUCGCCUAACUUUGUGGUGACUCAGGCCCUUGUGGCCCUCCUGGCAGAUAAAGGGGCCAGACUGAGACCUGCUUAUGACAAGGCUGAUAUGGAGAAAAGAGGUCUAAUUGCGCAUUUGUAUGCCCAUCCUUCCCAUAAUCCUUCCGCUGUAGGCCCUCUGGAGCUGGCCAACGCUCUGGCAGCUUGUUGCCUGUCCUCACGGCUUUCCUCGCAGCAUCGCCAGUGGGGUGCUCAGCAAUUAGUUCGCACUCUGGCCGCCCACGACCGCGACAACAACCAGAACCGUCCGCAGACUUUUGCUGACAUGGCAGGGGACCUGCGAAAGUGCUCCUUUAUCAAACUAGAGGCUCACCAGAGCAGGGUCAUCACAUGUGGUUGGUGCAGUAAGAAAGGCCUUUUGGCUACCAGUGGCAAUGAUGGGACGGUCAGAGUAUGGAACGUAACCAAGAGCCAGUACACCCUCCAGCAGACCUGCGUCUUCAAUAAGGAUGACGACUCUUUGGAGGAGGGAAUGUCUGGUUUGGGGUCUCCCAGCGAUCCUUGCCUGUCACCUCUUGCAUGGAGUGUCACUGGAAAGUAUCUCGCCUCUGCCAUGGAGAAAAUGGUCAACAUCUGGCAAGUUAAUGGUGGUAAAGGGCUUUUGGAUGUGCAGCCUCACUGGGUGUCUGCACUAACUUGGCCUGAAGAGGAAGCAGAGUCCUUGUGGUGUGGGGAGCCCAAAGACAUGCUGCUGGUGGGUCGAAUGGAUGGAUCACUGGGCCUCAUCGAGGUGCUGGACUCUUCUGGUAUGCACCGCACAGAGCUGGAACACUGCUACAGGAAAGACGUGGCAAUAAUGCACAUUGCCUGGUACAGUGAAGACAAGCCUUUUGCCGUUGGCUACGCAGAUGGAAAGCUGCUGAUUGGAUCCAAAGAACCUUUGGAUAAAGGAGCCAUUGUUGUCAUUGAUGCGCACAAGGAGUCGAUCAGCAGCAUGAAGUGGAGUCCAACGGGUCAGAUCCUGCUGACGUGUGCUAAAGAGGAGACUGUGAAACUGUGGGCCAAUCCAGACUCCUGCUCUGACACGGGCUCUGGCUGGCACUGCCUACAGAGCCUUAGACACCCCUCCUUGGUUAAUGGUGUGGCCUGGUGCAGCUUGCCUGGAUGCAGUCCGAAGCCCCUCAGCAUGUUCGCCGUAUGCUGCCAGAAUGGUCUGGUCUCUGUCUGGACUGUUCCUCAAGACAUUUCAAACUUCACAGACUCCUGUUCCUCUGAUUCAGAAGGAUGGUGGGAGAAUGAAGCCAAACCCAAGUUAAUGCAGUCCACCCGAUGGUCAGAAGAUGGAGCAGUUUGUGUGUUCCAGCUAAAGGGCCACAUCACUCCAGUAAGAACACUGGCUUUCAGUCCUGAUGGUCUGGCCCUGGCAUCUGGAGGAGUGGGAGGCCUCAUGAACAUCUGGUCCCUGCGGGAUGGCUCAGUACUCCAGACCGUGGUAGCUGGGUCAGGGGCUGUCCAGAACAUUGUCUGGGUCUCAGAUGUGGGCGUGGCCGUCUGCUCCAACAGGUCAAAGGAUGUGUUGGUUGUGAACUGCUCCAAAGAGUUCAUGGCAUCUAACCAUGUGCUGGCCACCUGCCGCACGGCUUUGAAGAAGCAAGGUGUGGUCGGCCUCAACUUGGCACCCUGCAUGAGAGCUUUCCUGGAGAGACUGCCUGUCAUGUUGCAGGAGCAGUAUGCCUAUGAGAAGCCCCAUGUUGUAUGCGGGGAGCAGCUUGUCCACAGCCCGUACAUGCAGUGCCUUGCCUCUCUGGCUGUAGGUCUCCAUCUGGACCAGCUUCUGUGCCGUCCCCCUGUGCCGCCCCACCUUCGACACUGCCCACCUGAGUCUGGCAUCGCUGUAUGGAGCGCCAGCGAGUGGGCAUGGUUGGACUGUUUCUCCACCACAGUAAAGGCGGCAGAGGCUCUUGCUCGAGGUGCAGCCUUCCCCGAGUCCUUCUCCGUUCCUGACCUGGAACCCGUGCCUAAAGAUGAAAUGGCUCUGCUCCUGGACAACAGUAAAUGGUCAGCUAGUAUGGAUGAACAGAUCAUGUCAUGGGCCACCUCCAGGCCAGAGGACUGGCACCUCGGAGGGAAAUGCGACGUGUUUCUGUGGGGUGCAGGGCGACACGGUCAGCUAGCAGAGGCUGGAAGAAAUAUCCUCGUUCCAACCAUUGCCCCUUCCUUCUCUCAGGCACAGCAGGUGGUGUGUGGGCAGAAUUGCACCUUUGUGAUCCAGCCCAACGGCACCGUAUUGGCCUGUGGAGAGGGGAGCUAUGGCCGCCUGGGACAAGGCAACUCAGAUGACCUGCAUGUCCUUACUGUCAUCUCAGCUCUUCAAGGUUUUGUUGUGACCCAGUUGGUUACAUCUUGUGGCAGUGAUGGUCACUCCAUGGCUCUGACAGAGAGCGGCGAGGUGUUCAGCUGGGGAGACGGUGACUACGGCAAGCUUGGACAUGGAAACAGUGACCGCCAGCGACGGCCCCGACAGAUUGAGGCACUGCAAGGAGAGGAGGUGGUCCAGAUGUCUUGCGGGUUCAAACAUUCGGCCGUAGUCACAGCUGAUGGGAAGCUUUUCACUUUUGGUAAUGGUGAUUAUGGAAGACUAGGGCUGGGGAACACCUCAAACAAGAAGCUGCCAGAGAAGGUCACUGCUCUGGAGGGCUACCAUGUAGGACAGGUGGCUUGUGGUUUGAACCACACUUUAGUUGUCUCUGCUGAUGGAAUGAUGGUUUGGGCCUUUGGCGAUGGAGACUACGGGAAACUGGGACUUGGGAAUUCCACAGCCAAGUCCUCACCUCAGAAAGUGGACAUGCUGUGUGGGAUUGGUAUAAAAAAAGUAGCCUGUGGAACUCAGUUUUCCGUGGCUUUAACCAAAGAUGGCAAGGUUUUCACGUUUGGCCAAGACCGCCUAAUUGGCUUGCCAGAGGGUCGAGCCAGGAACCACAACCGGCCCCAACAGGUACCAGGUCUCUCAGGGAUCCACAUCCAGGAUGUCGCUGUAGGAGCUGAACACACUCUGGUACUCUCCUCCACAGGAGAUGUUUACACCUGGGGCAGCAACUCGGAGGGACAGCUGGGUCUGGGACACACCAACCAUGUUAGAGAACCUACACUGGUAACAACGCUGCAGGGCAAGAACAUCCAUCAGAUCUCUGCUGGACGCUGUCAUAGUGCAGCGUGGACGGCUCCCUCUGUUCCGCCUCGAGCACCAGGCUCAUCUGUACCUCUUCAGCUUGGCCUGCCAGCAGCAGUGCCUCCUCAGUACAGUGGGCUUAAAGAAGUGAGCAUCGAGGCAGUGAGGGCCCGUUUGCGGCUCCUCUACCACUUCUCUGACCUCAUGUACUCGUCAUGGAGACUACUCAACCUCAGCCCUAACAACCAGAGCUGUACCUCCCAUUACAACGCCGGUACCUGGGGAAUCGUCCAGGGCCAGUUAAGGCCCCUUUUGGCUCCCAGAGUGUAUACGCUGCCUAUGGUGCGGUCGAUAGGCAAGACCAUGGUGCAGGGCAAGAACUACGGUCCCCAGAUCACUGUCAAACGCAUCUCCACACGAGGUCGGAAGUGUAAACCAAUCUUUGUACAGAUUGCUCGGCAAGUUGUAAAGUUGAAUGCUUCAGAUCUCCGACUUCCUUCAAGAGCCUGGAAGGUCAAACUAGUUGGAGAAGGUGCUGAUGAUGCAGGAGGGGUCUUUGAUGACACCAUCACAGAGAUGUGUCAGGAGUUGGAGACAGGAGUUGUGGACCUGCUCAUCCCAUCUCCCAAUGCCACAGCAGAGGUUGGCUACAACAGAGACAGAUUCCUCCUCAACCCGUCAGCAUGCCUGGAUGAGCACAUGCUCCAGUUUAAAUUCUUAGGUAUUCUUAUGGGGGUAGCCAUCCGCACCAAGAAGCCCCUGGAUCUGCACUUGGCUCCUUUGGUUUGGAAGCAGUUGUGCUGCAUCCCCUUGUUGCUGGAGGACCUGGAGGAAGUGGACCUGCUCUAUGUGCAGACACUCAAAAGCAUUCUUCACAUUGAAGACAGCGGCAUCACGGAGGAUAAUUUCCAUGAGAUGAUUCCUCUGGAUUCCUUUGUCGGGCAGAGUGCAGAUGGUAAAAUGGUCCCCAUUAUCCCAGGAGGGAACAGCAUCCCUCUCACUUUCUCCAACAGGAAGGAAUAUGUGGAAAGAGCUAUUGAGUACAGACUGCAUGAAAUCAACCGUCAGGUGGCAGCAGUGCGUGAGGGCAUGUCGUGGAUCGUGCCGGUGCCGCUACUGUCCCUGCUCACUGCCAAGCAGCUGGAGCAGAUGGUUUGUGGCAUGCCAGAGAUCUGCUGCGAUGUGCUCAAGAAGGUGGUGCGCUACAGAGAGGUGGAUGAACAGCACUCCUUGGUGCAGUGGUUUUGGCAGACCCUGGAGGAGUUCUCCAACGAGGAGCGUGUCCUCUUCAUGCGCUUUGUCUCAGGUCGCUCGAGGCUCCCUGCUAACACAGCUGAUAUCUCCCAGAGGUUUCAGAUCAUGAAGGUGGACAGGCCCUACGACAGCUUGCCCACCUCUCAGACAUGUUUCUUCCAGCUGCGCUUGCCUCCGUACUCAAGCCAGGCUGUCAUGGCUGAGAGGCUGCGCUACGCCAUCAAUAACUGCCGCUCCAUCGACAUGGACAACUACAUGCUCUCCCGAAACGUGGACAAUGCCGAGGGCUCUGACACUGACUACUGAUCCAAGCAGUUCUUCACACGCACACAAAUAAACUCGGCAGAAAUGAGCAGGAACAGCCAGUAUUAUCCAAACCGCACCAUCGUAGGAAACUCUUAAGCAGAUGGGCCAUUUUCUAAUCUGUUUUAUGUCGAUUAAACAGCACAACUUUUCAUUUCUCUUUGUGGUUUAUUAGCAGUUUUUAUUGACACAAAUUCAUACGAGAAAUGCAUUUAGUGUUUUAUUAUCUUUUUUUGUGCACAUCCCAUUUUCAGGGUUUCUGAAUGGAGAUAUGUUUAUUUGUUUGGAAAUGUGUAUAGAACCUUAUCAAGCAAGCUGUGGAGAAAGAAACACAUUGUACAUUGUGUAAAAUGCUACAUUAGGGAAAAUGUCAUAUUUAUUGUUUUCAUUGCCUAUGCCAAGUUUCCCAAACCAUAUAAAAGACCUGACAAUAAAUGCUGCAUAAUUGAUU